UGCAGCGCAAUGUCGGCCAAGGCGGACGCUACCCCGUCAGACGUCAAGAUCAGUACUGAAUCUUCCGAAGGUGGCAAGAAAAAGAUGAUAGGCCAGGAAGACGAACUCAGUCACUCCUUGAUUGGAGAGGAAAGGAUGGUUGUGGAGAGGCCCAUCUACAACCAGGUGGAAUUCGACAAGGGAUUCGAGAGCGGGAAGCGGCCAGUGACUUUACCUCAUACGUGGGCCAAGAAGAAAGUGAACAAGUUGUCGUGCUCAGGGAAAUGUGUAGGGAAAUUCAUCACCUCCUUGUUCCCCUUUCUGAGCAUCUUGAGGGGCUACAGUAUACGCCACGACCUCGUAGCCGACAUCAUCGCUGGACUCACAGUUGGAAUUAUGCACAUACCCCAAGGCAUGGCGUACGGCCAACUGUCAACGUUACCGCCAGUCUUUGGUCUAUACGUCUCCUUCUUCCCAGUGUUCAUCUACUUCUUUUUCGGUACAUCGAAACAUAUAUCUAUAGGAACAUUUGCAGUAGUGAGUUUAAUGGUGGGGUCUGUUGUGGACAAGGCCAUGACAUCUAAAGGCUUCACCAGUGAUCAGUUAGAAGCAUCAACCAAAAAGGAUGUCACAACAUUAGCGCCGAUGCUGUUUAACUUGUCCGAUGGCAACCUGACCUUCGGCAACGGCACCAAUGGCACCAACACUGGUGGAGACGCUGAGAUGGAUGCUCUUAUUCUCAGCACCAAACUCAAAAUUGCCAUGGCGGUGACAUUUGGCAUCGGAUGCAUUCAACUGCUGAUGGGUCUCUGUCGGCUGGGUUUUGUUACAGUUUACCUGUCCGAUCCCCUCGUUAGUGGUUUCACAACAGGUGCAGCGUGCCAUGUAUUCACAAGUCAGAUCAAACAUAUAUUUGGAGUUCAGAUGGGCAGAUACUACGGUCCUCUCAAACUGGUUUGGUCGUACCGAGACUUCUUCAUGAACAUCCCUCAGACCAACGCUGUGACCCUCAUUGCCUCCAUCAUCUGCAUCUUGAUGCUGGCGGUGGUCAAGGAGUGCAUCAACAACAACCCUAAAGUCAAACCCAAGCUCAAGAUGCCCGUGCCUAUAGAACUCAUUGUGGUUGUGCUCGGUACUGUGAUUUCCCAGUUUGCCUACCUGAAUACAAACUUUGACGUGAAAAUCGUUGGUGAUAUUCCAAUUGGCAUCCCUCCCCCAAAGGCACAACAGUUUGAGUACCUCCCUGAUGUCGUCAGCGAUGCUGUAGCUGUGGGAAUUGUUGCGUUUGCCAUCUCAGUGUCCAUGGCAAAGAUUCUGGCCAAGAAACAUGACUAUGAGGUUGAUUCUAACCAGGAGCUGCUGGCUCGGCACGGCAUCGUCAACAUCUUCAGCUCCUUCUUCUCCUCUUUCUGCGCAUCAGCCUCACUCUCGCGUAGCUUGGUGCAGGAGGGGGUCGGAGGUCGCACUCAGGUUGCGGGGCUGUUCUCCAGUGCUCUCCUUCUCAUUGUGCUGCUGGUGGUGGGGCCAUACUUUGCCUCCCUCCCUAACUGUGUGCUAGCUGCUAUCAUCAUCGUCGCUCUGAAGGGCAUGUUCAAGCAGUUCUUUGAGCUGAAACGAUUAUGGAAAAUAUCCAUUGUAGAUUUUAUGGUGUGGUUAGUGACGUGGUUUGCUACAGUCCUCCUGGACGUUGACCUCGGUCUUGGCGUCGGCGUGGGAUUUGCUCUCCUCACUGUUAUAGUCCGGUCUCAGAGGCCAUAUGCAUGUCUGAUGGGGCAUGUACCGGGCACAGAUCUUUACAGGGACAUCAAGGCUUACAAAGCCGCUGCUGAAAUCUCAGGAAUCAAGAUCUACAGGUUCGACUCUGCUCUGUUCUUUGCCAACGAACAUUUCAAACAGACUGUCUACAAGCUGGCAGCUGAUCCCAAAGCUCUGAAGAAGUCCAUCAAGAAAGCCAGGAAGCUCCAGAAGAAACAGGCUGGCUCAGAGACACAGAUUGUCAAGGAGACAACAAACAAUUCGACAGAUGUUCAUUUGCGGAUAUCAUCAGAAAACGUCAGUACAAUUCCAAUGCGAGGCUCUGAAGUCCAUACAGUGAUCAUCGACUGUUCUACAAUGAGUUACGUCGACUCGGUUGGCGUGAAGGUUCUCGGUCAGGUGAUUAAUGAACUGAAGGAUGUGAAUGUGUCGGUGCUGUUGGCCCAUUGUAAAGUGGACGUACGUGAGAUGUUUGAGAAGACAGGCUUCUUCAAGACCAACGACAAGGAACAAGUGUUUGUCACUGUCCACGACGCCGUCCUUAGUGCACAGAGGAAGGCGCUUCCAUCUAACGGGAAUAUAAAGAAUGGCCGUGCCAGUACCACAACGAAGGCAAUUGAAGAAAUAGCAGACUACGAUAAUGGCAAUUCUGCCGACGCCGAGAACUACCAGCUGGACUCAAUGAGAGCGCCUUUAGCUGAUGCAACGCGGCUGUGAUAAUCAUGAUCCUCAUUUCAAAUGCAGUAAUUAAAUCGUUCCUCGGGAUGGCUGUCGAAAACGGGACAGUGUUGAUUGUGGCUGGGAGUUUCACACAAAUUUCACAGCCAGUCGAUGCCAAACUCAUCUCAUCAACGCCAUCAAACAUUGCAAGAUUUAUGUCUGAUCUCAUCUGCUGAUUGGCUGAACAAGAUUCAAGCAUAUUUGCAUAUUAAAAAAUGAAUAUUCAUGAAGCUUCAUCACAUACUUGUAUAUAAACAAUGAUCCAUUUACAAUGUUUGAAUAUUCAUCAGUCAUUGUGAUGUCAUAGUCAGUCUUUUCCCAAUGAAUGUAUAGAUAUAUAUAUGAAACAAAAAGAAUCACUGUGCGGAAUUAUGAAUAUUCAUAUGGUUGUUUGAACUUAAAUGUUCAUAACAUCCAAGCCAAAGACAUACAACAUAAUUCCACUGAACGAAGUUGGUCACAUACAGAAUUAGUCAUAUGUAGAUAUUUGCAUAUUAUCCAAACAUUAACAAAAGGGUAUGUUACCAAGGCGUUAUACUCUUAUACUCAUAUUGAAUUGAUGGCAAGAAUAUUCAAAGACAAUCUGCGUGUAUGGCAUUUUUUAUUCAAUUUCAUAUAUAUAUAUAGCCAUAGAAUUUUAUAUUAGCUUAUGUAUAUUAGCUUUGUAUCUAUUUUUUGGUCAUUUGUGGCUGAGGUUUUUAUAUAAUAUGUAGAAAUUAGUUCAGUAUGCACAAGUAUUUGCAAUGUAAUCUGGUUCAUCAAUAUGUAGCCUUUAUUGGAGUGUGCUUUGAAAUAAUUAUUAAAACACAUUAAAAUUGUUAUGAGGCUAGAUCUGUUAAUUUCCGACAAUAAACAAAUAAACAUCGCCUAUUCUAAUAUAAAUAUAGUCAGUAACUAAAGUAUAUAUAUUACAGUAUUUAGUUUGGUAUAUUACACAUCCAUCUUUUCAGAGCUAAUCAGAUUUAAAUAUUUUAAAAUGCUCCACUUUUCCAGAGAAAAGAUUUAAAUCAAAGUGUCAUGUUACUGAAACUUUUAACCUGACAGAUUACUUAAUGUUUAUUACUUACCAGGAUUUGUUUAUACUAUUUGUUAAAAGGGUUAAAGACAGAGAUGGAUGGGUGAAACAGAUAAUUAUCUUCAUCUUGUCUGAACUGACAAAGAUGGCAUUGAGGGACCUCAAGUUUCUCCAUAAACAUGAAUAACUAUGGCAAGUUUAAAAAACAAACAAAAAAACAUAAUAAAAAAAAAUCAAACUUGUGUGGUCAUAAUAGUUGUUUGAUCAUUUUAACCAAAAUGGGGGUUUUAAAAAAAAAGCUAGCUUUAAUUAAAUAGAAAGUGAUGCUGUCAUUUAUUAUUGAAGGUAAGUGAUGAAGGAGCA